CCUUCGCUGGGAAAACAAGUGCUAGCCCAUCUACCUCUUGCAGUCACUGAAACUAAUAAAUGCUGCUUUAAGAAAAGGCGGUAGCCAUUACUCCAGUUCUCUCUUUCUCUCUCCGAGUAGUGUGUACAAGCAACAGUAUUGACUAUUGAGCAAGUAAGAGAAACACAGUGUACAUUAGCUCUGAUCUUUUGCUCGGAUUCUUUGAUCAAACCUUCUGUGUAUGGAGCCAAAACGAAUAUCUCCAGUUUCUCUUGAUCUCUACAACCUUUUUAUACUUGUUACCCUGGCGCUUCUCUUCCAGAUCGGGGUAUUGGCUGCUUCCUCCGAGUCUAGGCUCUUCUUCAACUUCUAUGCAGCUUCAUGCCCAACAGCAGAACUCAUGGUGAGAAACACAGUGAGGUCGGCUUCGGCCUUGGAUCCAACAGUCCCUGGAAAACUCCUGCGUUUACUGUUCCAUGACUGCAUGGUGGAGGGUUGCGAUGCUUCCGUGCUACUAGAAGGAAAUCAGACAGAAAGGAGUGAUCCAGCCAAUGCAUCGCUUGGAGGAUUCUCAGUAGUCGAUUCUGCCAAAGACUUGCUUGAACUCUUCUGUCCUGGAACUAUUUCUUGUUCAGAUAUCCUUGCUUUAGCUGCUAGAGAUGCUGUUGAAUUUGCUGGAGGACCAUCAGUUAAUAUUCCAACAGGUAGAAGAGAUGGAAGAGUGUCUUCAGUGUCUAAUGUGAGGCCAAACAUGGUGGACACUAGUUUCACCUUGGAUGAGAUGCUUGAGUUGUUCUCCUCUAAAGGGUUGUCUCUAGAUGACCUUGUUACUCUUUCAGGAGCUCACACAAUAGGAUCAGCACAUUGUAGUACAUUCAGUGAUCGGUUCCAAGAAGACUCGAAUGGGACCAUGACAUCCAUUGAUGCAUCUUUAGACAAAAUUUAUGCAAGAGAACUGAUAAAGCAGUGCCCUAUAGGGGCUAGCGAGUCUGUAACUGUCAACAAUGACCCAGAAACGUCCCUCUUGUUCGACAACCAGUAUUACAGGAACCUCAUAUCCCACAAGGGGCUCUUCCAGUCAGAUUCAGUGUUGUUUGUUGAUGGAAGAACAAAGGCAAAAGUAGAGGAGCUCUCCCGUAGCCAAGAGAUUUUCUUUCAACAAUGGACACAAUCGUUUCAAAAGCUUUGUAGUGUAGGCGUGAAGACAGGUGAGGAAGGAGAAAUACGUACUUCAUGUAGAGCAAUUAAUGGGUGAAGAAGCAAAUUCUUGCUUGCUACAAAUUCUCCAUGCAUAUUGUUUGGUCUGUGUAGCAUUGUUUAUUUGUGUCGAUUAGGUUAUUUAAAUAAACUGAGUCUGUAUGCUUUGGAUGGAACACUGCGAAGCUUAUUGCAAGAAUCCUUUCACGUA